AAAAUUUCUUCCCAUUACAAAAUUCAAAGGAGGCUAAACAAAUUGACCAAGGAAUGGGGCACUGGACUACAAGAUUGCCCUUGAUUGGACUUUCUCUUCUUUUUCUCACAGACGUUUACGGUGACUUUGAACAACCGCUGUCUCAUUGCUGCAAUCUCGGUGUCAAAUGGGGCGUGGAAAACCUGCAGUGUGCCGCCUUCCCCGCACCGGUGGUUGGUAUCCGUAACGAGCAACAAGCAAUCUGUCUCUCGGCCGUGCACAUUUGUUGUCUUCGAAAACACAGGGAGCGACAGUGUGAGCUGGGCAAACAGUCGGCCAGAGCGGAUCGGGAAUGUUCGGUCAACCGAGAUCUUGGCGGCGAAGCCCAUAAAGACUGUUGCGAAGGAUGCAAAUUAGGGCUCGUUGCUGGUUCAAUGUCAAUGGGAUGUACCUUCAGAGCUUUCCAGUUUGGCGCUCCUUGGGACGACGCUUACCGUUCGUGUUGCCAGCAAACUCUGCCUCAGGUAUUCCCAGAUAACUCGUUCCCCAAUCCACGCAUCCCGAGCACCACGUCCAGAAGUCAAAUUCCACCAUUUCUUCCACCUCCACCAACUCCAGCGCUACCCAAAUUCCCGAUCGACGAACCCAACUCUAUUGAGGACGACGAAGAUCUCUGCGCCCGCUUCCCAGGAGAAUUAUGCGCUCACGUUUGUGUACCAACUGGAGGUUCGUCUUACCGAUGCGAGUGCCGCGAAGGUUUCCAGCUACUUGCCGAUGGAAAAUCUUGCCAACAAGCCACUCAAUAUGACCGCUGUUCGACGGAUAACCCUUGUUCGCAAAAGUGUACAGACACGGGAUUGGCCGUGGAAUGUUCCUGCCAUUCGGGAUACCAGUUGGCGCCUGACGAGAAGACCUGUACAGAUGUCGACGAAUGUUUCAUUGGCGCCGACAACUGUGAUGUUCUGCUCCAGAUUUGUGUUAAUCAGCCAGGUGGUUUCGCUUGCAUAGAGCGCAAAGAUGGUCCCAACACCGGACCGCGACCAGCGGGACAACAGCCUGAUGGUGGCAGCGAUGGAAGGGCCUGUCCAAGAGGUUUCAAAUUCAACGCCGAAUCAAGAGUUUGUGACGAUGUGAACGAGUGCGACUCGCAGCCACCAGUUUGCCCGGCUCAAACGUUGUGCCAGAACACAAUCGGUUCUUAUACCUGCGCCCGGAAGCCCCAGGUGGAGGAAUGCCCUCUCGGUUUCCGCUUCAGCAGUCAGAUCCAGACAUGCAUUGAUAUUGACGAAUGUAAAGAAAAUCCAGCUACGUGUCCUAAAACUCGACCAGUGUGCGUUAAUCUUCAAGGAUCGUACAACUGUCAAGCGAGGAAUGAGAGCACUCCACUUGGCCCGUCCGUCACUUGCCCGGCAGGAUACAAAUUCAACACAGCCCAACAGACAUGCGAAGAUGUGGACGAGUGCGCCGAGCGUCUCGAUUCGUGCGUCCACGGAAUGGAAAUGUGCAUCAAUGACCUGGGCCGGUACCACUGUGAACCACUCAGUGCCGACGCCGCUUCCCCUUCAAGCGGCCAGCGUCAUCACGACGUCGACGACCAUCACCAAACUCCGGGUUUUAGCCAGUGCCCGCCUGGUUACACUUACGAUGAGGACGAGCAAGUCUGCAUCGAUUUGGACGAAUGUUUAAAUGGAGAGCUGGAAGAGUUUAGCUUGUGCGACGAGGACAAGCGUUGCGUAAACACUGAAGGAUCGUAUGAAUGUCUUGAAGCCUGUGCACUGGGAUAUCAACCCGACGUGGCCGACGGCCUGGGCCCAUGCGUCGACAUCGAUGAGUGCCUCGUUCCUGGUCACAAUUGCACAUUGGCUGAAAAAUGCGUCAACGUACCGGGAUCGUACCGAUGCGAGCAAUUGAGGCCAGUCUUGCAAACAGUGAGUUUCCCAACGACAACAACAACAGGCAACGUUCGACCAAUCCUGCGUUUGAGUUCAACCACAACUUCGACUACAUCAACGACAACGACUACGACGACAACAUCAACCACACCAAAGCCAACUACAACAACCAAAACCACAACGCCGAUUCCAACUACUUCAACCACCACAAGAACAACAACAACAACAACUACCCCGGCUCCUACUACCACCACUACUACAACAGCUCCAACAACAACAACGGCCAGGACUUCUCGCCAACAUCACAAUAUUUCGGGCUCGUGCCCGUCAGGAUUCCGCAGAGACGUUGGCGGUGGCCGUUGUAAAGAUAUCAACGAAUGCGAGGAAGGGACUCACCGGUGUGAACCAUCGAAAUCCGAUUGUGUCAACACUGCCGGAUCUUAUAGAUGCAAACCAUUGGCGCCUUGUCUGGCAGGAUUCCGCCGUAACACAUCCCACGGCCGCUGCGAAGAUAUUGACGAAUGUGUUGAAGGGUUGCACAACUGCGAGACCCAGACGGCGCUGUGUGUCAACAAUUAUGGAUCGUUUGAUUGCCGGCCUUAUCCGUUCUGCCCGGCCGGACAUCGUUUCAGCGUCCAAGAUCGAUUCUGCCAAGAUAUUGACGAAUGCGCCGAAGGUAGUCACAACUGCAGCGGAACAUGCGUCAACGCCGUCGGAACUUUCCGAUGCGUGGAUCGAGAGCCGGUCAGCUGCGGACUGGGAUUUCGCUACGACGCAGAGAAACGCGAAUGCCAAGAUAUCGACGAGUGCGUGGAAGCGAGAGACUACUGCAACAAGGAGACGGAAACUUGCGUCAACGAGCGCGGAGGUUACCGUUGCGCACCUUACAACGAGCUGCCGCAAAGCUCCAGUUCUGCAGCACCCAAUCCAUUGACGACUACGACACCAGCUCCUCCUACCAACCGGCCACCGGCCAGAACUCCAAGUUGCCCGAGAGGCUACGUCUUUAGCGACGAAAGUCGUCGUUGCGUCGAUGUCAACGAAUGUACCAGUGAACCGAGUCCUUGCCGUGGUAACCAACAAUGCGAAAACACCGUGGGUAGCUACGUCUGUCGAUGCGCUAUCGGCUACCGCUUCAAUACAGCCACUCAAUUCUGCGAAGAUAUUAACGAAUGCUUGCUGGAUUACCACGACUGUUUGAGUUCGCAGAGGUGCGACAACACGGUCGGCAGUUACACCUGCUUCCGCACGACCAGCUGUGGCACUGGCUACACCUUCAACUCUCAAAAGGGCAGCUGUGAAGACGACGACGAAUGUGAAUCAGGGGCGAAUGAUUGCGCUGUUCUCGGUACGCUCUAUCAGUGCCGUAACACGGAGGGCUCGUUCCGCUGCGAGCGCAAGCGAUGCAACGACCGCACGGACGGACUCACGAUGUUGGACGAGGAGACGGGACGCUGCGUCCGACCGCCACAGUGUGCGACCGGCUUUGAACCCGCUCCCAGAGGCCGAUGCAACGAUAUCGACGAAUGCGCAAGAGGUAAUCCUUGUCCGCGGGGUCACCAGUGCACCAACACAGUGGGAUCCUUCACGUGUGUCAACACGCAGAAAUGCGAUCCAGGUUACGAGAUGAACAGCGCUGGAACUCACUGUCAAGAUAUCGACGAAUGUGCCAAAUCAACGCACGACUGCAAGCGGAAUCAACUGUGUCAAAACCGUCCGGGAGGCUACGUCUGUGCUUGUCAGCCAGGCUACACAAUCGGGGCGAAUCGCGAAUGCGAAGAUGUAGACGAAUGUACACGAUUCGCCGGUCAGAUCUGUUCGCCGAAUUCGCAAUGUGCCAACACGCCCGGCUCUUAUCGCUGCGACUGCAAAGAAGGAUUCCGUUCAGGAUCUGAUCCUCGCUCCUGUGUUGACAUCGACGAAUGCGCCGAAACGGCCCGCCUGUGCCAGCAGAAUUGUGCCAACACGUGGGGUUCGUACCAGUGCAGCUGUCAGUCUGGGUACACGCUAGCUCCUGAUAACAGGUCGUGCCACGAUGUCGACGAAUGUGAAUUGUACAAAGAACGUGGAGGUCUGUGCAUCGGCCUUUGCGUCAAUGAGCCCGGAAGCUAUUCGUGUCAAUGUCCCGAAGGCUACCGUCUAGCAUCUGACAACCGCACUUGCCAAGAUAUCGACGAGUGCGCUAGACCAGGAGUCUGCCGACCGGAAGAAUCGUGUCUCAAUACAAAAGGCGGUUAUUAUUGCAACGCCAUCGUCUGCCCGCCCAACUACGUCCGAGACACCGAACAUAGAAACCGUUGCAAGCGAGUGUCACUCGAGUGUCACAGCUGGGACAGCGAAUGCCUUCGCAAGCCUGUUUCAUAUUCGUACAAUUUUUUGACGCUUCCAUCGAAAAUCCCUAUCCCAGUCCGUACUGGUCACCUGGACCUGUUUAGCAUGCGCGGCCCACUUUGGGCCUCGGCGACAGUUCAAUUCAAUUUGGAAUUGAACGACGUCCGAGCACCGAACGACCUGGUCGAACGCAAACUCAAAGUGGAUCGCAACGCUUUCAGCUUACGACGGUCGACAUCAUCGCAGAAUCAAGCCAUUUUGGCCCUGACAAAAUCUAUCGUCGGACCGCAAGAGAUUGAAUUGUUCCUCAACAUGGAUAUGUACCAGAACGGCGUCUUCAGUGGCGUCGCCGUCGUUAAAAUUUUCAUCUACGUCACGCAGUAUGAAUUCUAAAAAAAAAAAAUGUAAAA